AUGGAACAACAACAACAACAGAUCAAUCAAUUUAUAGUUCAGUUGGAAAAGUAUUGUAAUGAUUUGCAGUCACCGAAUGGAGCACUAAGAGAUGCCGCCGAAAAGUUUAUUAUAAAGUUCACUACGAUGGCGUCUCCGUAUGCCGUUUGUUUCAGUUUAUUCGAACAGUCACAGUCGUCGUUGGUUCAUUUCUAUGGACUGACAGCGCUGCGUGAUGCUAUCAUUCGUGAGUGGGCAACACUCGAUGCCGGUGCCAAGUGGUCGAUCACCGAGCGACUCAUGAAACCACCGAUAGAAUGGGCACCGUCGCUCAUUGAGAACACCGUUGUUUUCGACUUGGUAUUCGAGUUGUAUCCGCUGGUCAAGACACACAAGGAUAUAUCACAUGUACUCAGAAACAUUAUGAUUUGUCUGUGCUGUUUGAAUGGCGAGAUAAUGGAGGGUUCCGAAACCACCAAGCUCUACAUGUGCAAUAUAAUCGAUCGUGUGGCACCGCUCCUCGCUAGCGCCAUACAACAACAGCAACAACAACAACAACAACUGACAAAUACGAAUUGGAGUGAGAUAGAGGAUCUCUCGCAGUUGGUGCGUUUUUUUUGUUCGAAUUUCCAGUUCCAAAGUUUCCUUUUGAUUCCAAUCGAGAAAUCGAGAACCUUCUUUGAAAACCUGACUAAAUACAUCAUUGCAUCGAUGGAAUACCUAAAGCUAACGGUCAACAGCGAUGACAUUGAUUUAGAGGAUGAAUUGGAAAAUGAAUUCUUCUUUGUAUUGAUCAAAGCUUGGGUUGGAUUAUUGGCAGACAUCGAAAAUGUACAAAACAAAUCAAAGAAAUCGAAACACAUUUUGAACAACGAAUACUUUACCUACCUAGUUGGUAUCAUUAAGGUUUGUUCCGAGCAAAUCUACAGUAAUUAUAUUAAAACAAGAAUUGAACUCUCAAUAUUAGAAUUAACUAAUGAUAAGAAUCAAUCAAGCAAUGAUGAUAAUGAAAUCGAUCAAGAUAAGAAUAAAUAUAAUGAUCAAUUAAAAGUGAUUUCAUAUCUUGGUCGCAUUAAUCCUGGUAUUUCAAUGGAUCUAUUGACAAAGGAGAUCAAUAAGACUGUAGAUCAGCUGAUUAAUAGUGGUGAUGCUAGAGCUUUUGAAACAUUGCAUUGGUUGAUUUUGUUGGCCGGUAACUUGUUGUUUGAUAGCGAGGUUGUACUCAAUGGCAUACCCAACAAGCUGGAAACAUACACCUACGACCAAUCACAAGCAGGAGCAGCCAAAGAUCUUGUUGUUGAGCUUUCCAACGCUGUCUUUAGAUACUGUCUCGAUUUCGAGCUGAAAGCAAUGCUUCACUACAAGAGCGUUGAGCAGUUCUCUCCGUUGAUCGCCGAGACAUGUACUUGGUUCUUGGAUGGUUGGUCACUGGUCUACCUUUAUCCAACACUAGAUUUGAAUAUAAAUAUCAGUCCGAAACUAAUGGAAGCAUUCGGUCCACCAAAACAGAUACUUCCACAACUCAUCGGUUCACCACACUGGAAGGAGAUGCUCAGUCUUCCAGCGGAAUUCUUACGUCUCAAUCCAAAGAUUCAAGCCAAGAUAUUCUCAUCGUUCACACGUGUUGUCUAUAGCGCUGAGGAUCCAUCGGAGAAACAACACCGCUUCAUUCAGUUGACACAAUCGAUUACCAAUCCUUUGGACACUGUAUUCCAACGUGCCGACUUUAAGAAUAUCGCUCAGAAUCCAGAGGUCAGGGAGACACUCUUUACUCUUUUGCACCGUCUCAACGGUAUCGUCUCUAUCCCAGAGGAAGUCAAUACCUAUGAAGACGAGGUACCACUUCAUCUGGCAUUCGACCUCUUCCACAAAUAUGCGAAUGCAUUCGUUUCACUCAUUCCUCUUUACAUUCAUUAUCCAGACACUGUCAAUCUUAUCCUAACAUUAUUCUCACAAUUUACGAAAUUCCAACUUGAAACAGUCGAUGAGGAAAGAUCAAAAAAGAUAUUCCCAAUUUUAGUGGAACUUUUCAAUACUAUAUCCAAUGUUUCUCAAACAAAUACAUCCAAGGUCAACUUGGAAAACAAAGAACAAUACAAUAGAAUUAAAAUGCAACUAAGAAUUAUCAACAAUAUUAUUCUAUUCAACGAUGUUCAAAACAACUAUCCAAAACUCAUUGUACAAGCAGUCUUACAUGGUAUUUGUGUUACUAUUCCAUGUAUUACAAAUAAUGGAUUAUUAGAGUAUACCAAAUUAUCAAAUACUUUCUUUUCAAUUAUACACUUUUUAUUUUCAUCGGAUACUAUCGAUCUUUCUGCUUUUCCACCAAAUAUUUUCAAUACAUUGCUAUCUUUGAUUGAAUACGGUAUAGCUCAUCAUGACACUGAAAUUGCCAAUCAUUCUCUUAAUUCAAUUUUGGCUUUGGCAAAGAAUAUUCAAGGAAUGUUGGAAUCAUCGAUUCAGGUAGAUAUUUCAUUUACCACACAGUUGGUUGGAUCUAUGAUCAACUUUUUGUUGUUACACGAUUUCAAUAUGGAUGAACUAUUGUAUAACGCAUCGAAUGCAUUCAUAGAGUUGGUAAUUUUGAACACUGAUGGAUUCAAAUCAAAGGUAAAUCAAUUGAUUCAACAUCAAGAAGCAUGGUUACACCCCCGUCUCACCAAUAGUUUCACACAGCUGCUCAACUCGAUCGAACAAUAUAAAAAAGAUAAGAACAACGAGAACAGAGAAGGCUACUUGAACAAUAUAAAGAAAUUCAUCUCCACUGUGAAACCAUUAUUAAAGAAAAAUUAA